CAAACACGCUGGGCAGUCCUUGUACGUAGCAGCCAGCAGUUUUGACUUCUUGCCGUCGAGACACGGCGGAAAUAUCUAUCCGGUCCAUGGAGACGGAUUCCUCCUCGUCGUCGCCGCCGGCGAGCUCGCUGGGGCACAGGCUGCGGGCCACCGUGUGCUGCUGCUUCGGGGGAGACCGGGCGCAGUGGGGCAGGCGGCGCGUUGGCGGUGGCGGGGGCGGGGGCGGAAAGUUCCGGUACGACCCGCUCAGCUACGCGCUCAACUUCGACGAUCAGGGCCCCGACGGCGACGAGUACGAGACGUCCAUCGACGACUUCGGCGACGGCGACGGUGGCUUCCUGAUCUACCAUGGCUUCUCGUCCUCGCCGCCGCCUCGGUCGACCACCCGGGCUCAGCAGGAGGAGGCCGACGCGGCCGCAUAAGCGUAGCCGUGGACCGAUCGAUCGAUCUUCCGUUCGGCCGUCAGAUACUUCCUGUUCGUAGUAGUGUACUGGUGGUAGUGGUAUAGCUGCAUGCUGCAUCUCCGUUUUGAUCCAUAUGUACGUCUGUUACGUAUCUACUAUAUAUAGUAGUACAGUAGAUACAGCAUGUGUAUAGGAG